AUGUCAGGAAUGGAGGCCAAUAUGACCAUCCCAAUCUGGCAAAACAAGCCGCAUGGGGCUGCUCGAAGUGUAGUGAGAAGAAUCGGGACCAACCUGCCCCUGAAGCCAUGUCCCCGGGCAUCCUUUGAGACCCUGCCCAACAUCUCUGACCUGUGUCUGAGGGAAGUACCCCCAGUCCCUACUCUGGCUGACAUCGCCUGGAUUGCUGCAGAUGUAGAGGAGAUUUAUGCCCUGGUCAGGAGCGAUACACGCCCCCUGAGGCACACCUGGAAGCCCAGCCCUCUGAUCGUCAUUCAGCGCAAUGCCUCAGUGCCCAAACUGCGUGGGUUGGAGGAGAGGCUUCUGGCCUUGAAGAAGCCAGCCCUGCCAGCCCUUAGCUGCACCAAAGAGCUACAGCAUGAGCUGAGCCACCUGUGCAGCCAGAUUGCUAAAAUAGUGGCAGCUGAUGCAGGAAUGACAUCACCGAGGAGACCAAGGUACAGGUCCCUGAGCUUCCAUCAGUCCCCCUGCUUUGUUCUGCCAGCCCUGAAUGUUGCAAACCAGAACACAAAGCUACCUGCCGCUCGUCUGAAGAAGAUGACUGCGUCUCUCUGUCCAAGGCCAGCAGCUUUGCAGAUAUGAUGGGUAC